AUGUCGUCGCAACACCCUCUCGACAACAACACCUCUAUACCCAUCCACCGACAAACCCCUCCUCACUCUCAACCGCAGGAUCGUCAUCUCCACCACCAGCAUCCUCAUGAGGCGCCACUACCGCCAACAACAACGACGACGACCGAUAUAAAGCUCCCUCUUGAGCUGGGACUCCACGGAACGAUCGCCUUCUUGUCCAUUUAUGCGGUCUACUCUAUCCUGACGACCAUCUGGAUCCAAAACCUGCAUGGGUAUACCUCUCUCACGACACUGCUCCUCUUCCUCGUAACCGCUGCCUCUUUCGUCAUGGCCGUUGGGUAUAUGAUCCUAGCGUGGUGGGUGCGUACAGCUGAGGGGGCUGCUCAUGUCCGAUCCCACUUGCUCCUUCAACGCAGUGGUCGACUUUUAUCCGAUGUGGAGACCUCGGCCUUGACUACCAAGCCCAACAAUGGAGAGGCGGUGACCUUACCCCGCACUACUAAGCCAGCUACCCGUGCGGUCGUACGAGUUUCGAUCUUUCUGAUCUCGCCUCUUCCUCGGCUCUGUACCCUGAUCGGAUUGGCGGUCGCGUGUUUCUUGGCGGCCUUGAUGCAGUGGUACAAGAUCCGGAAUGGAAUCGAUUGUGCUGCUGUUGCACAUCAAUAUCGACACUUCUGUGUGACGACCAGGGCCGCUGUGAUUUCGACGACGGUUGCGGCUUGCUUUUGGACUGUCUGGUUGGGGCUUUGGUUCCGUCGAUCGUACAGUCCCUACAAGGAUGGGCAAAAGGUGGGCGAGCAGUAUAGAGGACAGGAGUCGAGUGCUGGACAUAGAGAGGAGAUUGUGAUUGCUAUGCCAGAUGAAGUGCAUGGUGUUUCUCGAGUUGCCGACGAUGGCAAGCCCUUCACGCCUACUCAACGCAACAAAAAUACCAGCAUGGAAUACCUCCAGAACAACCAAACCCCACACAGCAAGUCUCCUCAGCAGUAUCAAAAAAAGGCUGUAGACGUAAACGACUUAUCACUCGGACUCGGAAUUGACAUCACCGCCAUCACUAACGGAGACAGCGGCGCAGGAACCGGCGCAUCUACCUUAUUGAACACAGCCUUUGACAGCUCGACUCCUCACCUUCCUGUACGAUCCAAGUUCAUGAGGGACGCUGAAACGGCAUCUAUUGCUGGCAAUAGCGCCACCUCGAUCGCACGCGAGAGUAUCUUUGAGAGAGAGAAACCUAAUCUUGGGAGAAUACGUGACCAUGCCAAGGUCUUCCCUAUGGCUCGUGCGAGUGUCAGCAGUCUUCAAGAAGCCGCCGCUGGUGGUAGUACCAGAGGAACACCCGUCUUCUACAACGUCGGCUCACCCGCACAGUUUGCCACAGGAGGAGGAGGAUCGCCUUUCGUCUCCGGAGCCACCACCCCAACCGCCCCUCGCGCUCGCGCUGGAUACUUGGGAAAAGACACCUUCAAGGCUCUCAACAAUCUUCCUCGGUCAUCCUCAAUGGGAGCCAUUGCCAACAUGAACCCAGCCGCUCCUUUGUUUUCUACCCACGCGUCGCCCAUCUCGAACAACAACCACUUUGGCGAAAGCUAUAACGGCUUUGCUGGAACCCCCAGAAGCUGCCGGUCCAUGACCGCUUUCCCCCAGAGCCCCGCAGACGCCGCCUGGGCCGAGCAGAGUAUGGACGAGCAGUUGAAGAUCAUCCGUCGGAAGUCUUUUGCGUCGGAUGUGAUGAACAGCCCUGGUGGGUCUGCGUCAAUGCUGGAAUCCGCGCAGAUGAACUCGCCUUCUGUGAUGGCGACACCCAUCGGCGGCGGCGGUAGUGGUAGCGAGGGCAAGUUCCGCGCCGCAUGCUCGUCCCCCAGCCUGAACACUCUUGCAGGCGGCAGUGGUAGGAGGCGGUCGUCGCUGGGCAUAACAUCGAUGAUCAAUUCGAUGGUCAACUCCCCCGCCGGCUCUGACGGGCCCUCUCCCUCCUCAUACUAUUCACCCGUCGAAUCGGCAACAACCCCUCGCUCGACAGAUUACUCCUCACACUACCGCCGCGGCAGUGACGCCGAAACGACCAACAGCGACAACAACGGCCAAUCCUCCCUCUACGGCUCCACUUCCAACUCCCGAAACCGCCGCCAACACCUCACUAUCUCUGCCCAGGACCUCCUCCGCACAGAGUACGGAGACCUCUACCCCGUCCUCCCAGGCGCCGAACUGGAUGAUAUGGAGAACAUUAAUCCAGAGACGGGCUCGAUCGCCAGUAUGGGUCGCCCACGGUCCAACUCUGUUUCCUCUGUGGGGACAUCCCGAUCCAGUGGUGGGUCUUCUUCUCACUCGACUUCGAAUGAACAAGGACAGGGACGUGUGAAGCAGCCAGGUCCUCCCAAUUCGUUCAUGAACAACGCCCGUACCGGCGCCGGCAACCAUCGAUCACCUCGCAAGCAACAACAAAAACAGCAGCAGCAGCAACAACCAUCGCUAGGUAAUGUCGGGUCAAACGGGAAAUUGACAAACAAGUCGAAGAGUAGUCUGAACAGCAAGAAGUUUCCUUCCCAUGGUGACCUUACAAAGUUCAGCUGGGACUAUCGCAAGGACUUGCCUAUAGAUUAA